GCACUUCGCUGUUAACACGCGCGCGAGAGACGCAGUUGACGUAUUCUUUUUUUAAAUUUUAAUUGUUUAAUGUGAUUAUGGAUUGUCUUUGACUGAGUUACAGAUAAAGUAUAAUUUCAGAUUCUGAAAUGGCGGAGGAGGUGCCAACCGUCAAUCUGGAUGACACAGGAUCACAGGCUGCUUCAACUUAUGUAGCGGGAAGUAACCGUGAUUCGCUUAAUAGUUUACUUAACAAACCCAAAGACAACAAAAAUUGCCUGAAGGAUUGCACUCUAGGAACACAGUACUCUAUGACCUGCGAAGAUAUCAGAAAGGACACUAAAAAAAGUAGUUUCUGCUGUAGUACCACAUCACAAACAGUUUGGGGAGUAAUUCUGAUAUCUUUAUCAAUAUGUGGAUUCAUUUAUACACCUCAAGACUUAAUGCUGCGGGAAAAACUAAAUAUGAGACCUGGCCUGCCACCAUUUGACUGGUGGUCAGACCCACCUGAUCAGGUGAGGAUGAGAAUGUACGUCUUCAACGUGACCAACCAUGACAGGUUUCUCUCUGGCGCUGAUGACAAAAUUAAUGUGGAGGAAAUUGGACCAAUUGUAUAUUUAGAAAAAUUACUGCAUUAUAAUAUAACUUUCAACGAAAACGGAACUAUGACAUACACAGCCAAGCGGUUUCUUAUAUAUCUACCGGAGGAGAUUACUAUUAACCUCAAUUCUACAAUAAUUGUUCCAAAUUUGGCUGUACCUACUGGUCUUGUCUCCUCUCAGCCUUGGAUCAUCGGUGGUGGACGAUAAGGGGAUGCUGUCUGGGACUGUAUCCAGUUCCUUCAGUGAAGAGAUGCGUCGAAGUUUCCCAUCAGCCCCUAACACUUGUACCCGUCCAUCCCAAGUUUCAAGCAUUUAGUGACACCAAACCGCUUUCUCGCCUCCAUAAAUAAGGAGUGCCUUGAUUUGGUUAAAAACUCAGACAAGGUUAUGCCGGUGCCUUUGUGACUAGUUUUGGCAGCCCAGAUCCUUAAUUUAUUGUCGUACUGUCGAAGCUUUAUUAAGAUUAGCCUAGGCUUCUCUCUGGAUCUAAUUCCCAAUCGAUGACACCUGGUAAGGCUCUGCUCCGUUAAGUUGGGACACUUUAGCAGGACGGAUAUCAUCCUUGCUAUGGAGCCGGAACUUUCAUCCUUUGUGUCCUGAAAAUAUGAGAUUUUAAAUCGAAUCAAAUUAUGUACAAUUAACCAUUAAAUAAAAUAACGCCAAUAAAAAUAUUAAAUAUGUAAUUAAAAUUCUGAAAUAGCGCCAUCUUUGAUACACAUUCUCAAACAGUAUGCUUAUUGGCAAGAUGAAUAAUUAUUUUAUACUCCAACU